AUGGAUAGUCAAGACUCGUCUCCCUGGGAGAUCUCCUCUGUGGAGCGCUCGAGUCAGCCGGGAACCCCCGAGGAAGUUGAUUCUUUGGAGCCCAUAGCGAUUGUUGGCAUGGGCGUGAGGCUGCCGGGGAAUAUCCACACAGAACAGCAGCUCUGGGAACUCAUUACGGAGAAGCGAUCCACGCGGGGCGAGAUCCCCAAGAGUCGGUUCAACGUGGACGGGUUCUACAGUCCCACAGGCCGGGCUGGAUCGAUAGCAAUGAAACAUGGCCAUUUUCUGACAGAGACAGAUAAUUUCAGACAUCUGGAUACAUCUUUCUUCUCGAUGGGCCGGAAGGAGGUAGAUGACAUCGAUCCACAGCAACGUCAAGUGGGCUGGCGCGGCAGCAAGAUCGGCUGCUACGUUGGAGUCUGGGGUGAAGAUUGGUUGGACCUCCAUGCGAAAGAUACUCAGGAUGCAGGCAUGUAUCGGAUCCCUGGUGGACAUGACUUUGCCAUCUCGAACCGCAUUAGCUACGAAUACGACUUGAGAGGCCCCUCCUUCACCAUAAAGGCCGGGUGCUCAUCGUCUUUGAUCGCCUUGCAUGACGCUGUUCGAGCCAUUCGUGCAGGUGACUGUUCAGGAGCACUUGUUGCAGGCACAAAUCUCAUUUUCUCACCUACAAUGUCCAUCGCUAUGACAGAGCAAGGGGUGCUAUCUCCGGAAGGUUCUUGCAAGACAUUUGACGCGGCAGCAAACGGUUACGCCAGGGGCGAAGCCAUUAACGCCAUCUACAUUAAGUCCCUUUCUGAGGCAAUAAAAGACAACGACAAAAUCCGCGCCGUGAUCAGAGCUACUGCGACUAAUUGUGAUGGAAAGACGCCGGGUAUGUCAAUGCCCAGCUCUGAAGGCCAUGAAGCAUUGAUCCGUCGAGCAUAUCGAGAGGCGUCGCUUGACCCCAGGGAGACCGUGUUUGUCGAAGCACACGGCACAGGCACGCCCGUCGGUGACCCCCUCGAGGCUACGGCAAUUGCACGAGUAUUUGGAGGGAAUAAUGACCCGGUAUAUAUUGGAAGUGUCAAGCCGAACCUGGGUCAUAGCGAGGGCGCUUCCGGAGUCUCCUCCGUCAUUAAGGCCGUGUUGGCAUUGGAGAACAUGACCAUCCCUCCGAAUAUAAACUUCUCGACUCCGAACCCAAAGAUCCCAUUCCAGGAGGCAAGCAUGGAGGUUCCAAUUGACCCAAUGACGUGGCCAUCCGGUAAACCGCUAAGAGUGAGUGUAAAUUCAUUCGGCAUUGGCGGCGCAAAUGCACACGCCAUCCUCGAGAGUGUUGCUCUGAUGUCUCUGCAAGCGACUGUAGCUGCCACCGCUAGUAGCGAGUAUGUGGCCGGCGCCUUGAAUGAUCGUUAUACAAACGGUCAUACAAACGAUCACACAACUCAUCCCAAGGACACGGACGACCCCUGCAGACUGGUGCGUCCUCCUAGUUCUAGAAGAUUCAUCCAUGUAUUCUCAGCAGCACACCCGGCAUCCCUAAAAGAAAGCUUAGUCGAGCAUGAACGAUACAUCAGAGAAAAUCCUUCUUUGAUGGCUGAUAUAUCCUACACUUUGUGCAAUCGACGAGAGCACUUGGCGAACCGGGCUUAUUGUGUUACCAGUUCCUCAGAUGGACCCCUCACGUUCUCGCCUGUAACGAAGGCGAAGAGAACAUCACCAAUAACGAUGGUAUUCACUGGACAAGGGGCACAAUGGGCAGGAAUGGCCAAGGAGCUGAUGGAUGACUACCCUUCCUUUGACAAGGACAUAAUUUACCUAGGCGCCGUGCUAGCGAAGCUAGAGCAUGCCCCCUCGUGGGAUCUCAGAGAUGAACUGCGCAAACCGGAAGAAGAUAGCAACCUGCCCAAAGCAGAGUAUUCUCAACCCUUAGUGGCGGCUGUUCAGGUGGCUUUGGUGAACCUCCUCGGUCAAUGGGGCAUCCGGCCGAACGCGGUUGUGGGUCACUCAAGCGGAGAGAUUGCAGCGGCAUAUGCUGCAAAAGCAAUCACGGCCGAGGAAGCAAUCACAAUUGCUUACUACCGCGGGUACGUGACGAAAGGAUAUCAACGGCCUGGUGGAAUGGCUGCCAUCGGCCUAGGCCGUGAGCAAGUGACACGAUAUUUGAGACAGGGGACAUUGAUAGCCUGCGAGAACAGUCCGCAUAGUGUAACAUUGUCAGGAGAUCUCGAAGCUCUCGAGAAGACCUGUGAAAUCAUUCGGACUGAGGAACCGGGGUGCUUGGUUCGAAGGCUAAAGGUCGAGAUGGCCUACCAUUCUCACCAUAUGCUUGACAUUGGCGACUUCCUCGAGGACCUACUACGUGAUCGCAUUGACAGCAAAGCUCCCGUAGUGCCCUUCUUCUCGAGCGUCCGCGCAACGAGGAUAAAUGGCGCGGGGUGUCUGAACGCAAGCUAUUGGCGAGAAAAUCUCGAAAGCCCCGUACUCUUUUACGGUGCCGUAAGUCAUUUGGUAGAGAGUGAAGCAUGUUCUGAGCACACCUUUCUCGAAGUCGGCCCACAUGGUGCCUUAAGAGGACCGCUCCGUCAAAUAUUGCAGGCUGCUAAUCGGUCCAACGACAGCUACAUCACAGCCAUGAUCCGUGGCAAGGACUGCACCGAAUCCAUCCUGCAUAUGGCUGGGGAGCUUUACUUGAACAAUACACCAGUGGAUUUCGGACAUAUUUGCCCGAGUGGGUGCCUGCUGACCAAUCUUCCAUCAUACAAAUGGCAGCACGUUCAUGAGUACUGGGCCGAAAGCAGAUUGAGCAAAAACUGGAGGUUCCGCGAGUUCCCUCAUCAUGAACUAUUGGGAUCUAGAAUACUGGAGGGGAAUGAUCUGCAGCCCGAAUGGCGAAACGUCCUUCGCCUAGAAGAUGUACCAUGGCUUCGGGAUCAUCAAGUCAUCAACGAUAUCAUAUUCCCCUGCGCAGGGUACCUUGGAAUGGCAGGCGAGGCCAUCCGACAGAUAUCAUCUGCCCAUGAAUCUACCUUCCGGGAUGUCGUGGUGCACACAGCAUUGGUAUUGACCGAGUCAAAGGCGAUUGAGAUGAUCACUAGUCUUCGUCCGGUCAGGUUGACAACUACCCUGGACUCUGUCUGGUGGGAGUUUAGUAUAUUCUCAUACAAUAAGACUGCCUGGGUUAAACAUUGCUUGGUCUCAACUAUGGGCCAUGCUUCCGCGGAUUAUCCCACGUCUCUUGUCUGCCGAACAAGAACCACAGCCUCUGCCAGGUUGCUGCCAACCGCGGUUUCCGAGUCCACCUACGCUGUUCACCCUACGACCAUUGAUCACUGCCUGCAGCUGUUGUUCCCAGCUAGCUGUGAUGGGAUUUACCGGCGUGUAACCCGUUUGUGUGUUCCGACAAAAAUCGAACAGCUCUACCUCUGCGGCGGCAGGAGUGACAAUGAUGCAGUCGCGGAGGCCGUUGCCACCAUCAGUUCUGCUGGCGUUCUUUCCGGAAGAGUAGUAGCCAAGUCCGAUAAGGGAGUUUUCUUGUCCCUAGUCGGAGGGAAGUUUUCUCCCCUCGAGGUGGAUACAGCCGAUGAUCUUGACCCUAUUGGCGCAGCAAAGUUACACUGGAAACCAGAUCUCGACCUAGCCGACAUGAGGACUUUGAUAAAGGCCAGCGAUAGCUCGCAUAUUGAUUCUCUUGAGCUCGAGCUCGUCGAGAAGAUGGCCCUACUCAGUCUCAUUGAAGUGAACGUUCAGACAUCUCAUCUAGUCUGUGAUAUUGAGCAUCUUGAAAAAUAUCGCUCGUGGAUGCAUCGGCAAACAAGUCGAGCCUCGAGCAAUAGCUACGACUUGGUUCCGAAUGCUAAGGAUUUGCUAUCCCUGGAUUCUGAUAUUAGGCUUGCGUUGAUAUUCAAGCUGAAACAGUUGUUAUCGCACACUGAUGCCGCAAGCGCAGCUGAGCUUAUAUCCAGGAUAGUGGAUAACUGCUCUGCUAUUAUGCAGGGAAAGGUGGAGGGAAUCGAAGUACUGCAAGCUCGCGAUGGACUGACCAACUACUACAAUUUUGUCGAGUCACGAACUGACUCUGUUGAUUUCUUCGCUGUUGCAGGUCAUACCAAGCCCACGUUGAGAGUGUUGGAAAUCGGGGCUGGCACUGGAGGGGGCACAGCAGUUGUCCUGCGGGGCCUAACCACCUCGUCCACCCCAAGACGUGAGCGUAUGUACUCGAAGUACGCUUUUACUGAUAUCUCUGCUGGGUUCUUUGUCCCAGCGCAGGAGAGGUUUAAGGAAUACGAAGGGAUCGAGUAUAAGGUACUCGACAUUACAAAGGACCCGAUCGAGCAAGGGUUCCAGGCAGAAUCGUACGAUUUGAUCAUCGCAGGCAACGUCUUGCAUGCAACUCCCAGUAUUAAUGCAACUCUGGCGAACGUGCGUAAGCUGCUGGCACCUGAGGGCUAUCUGUUUCUCCAGGAAUUAUCGCCCCAGCUGCAAAUGGUGAACCUGAUUAUGGGGAUUCUUCCGGGAUGGUGGCUGGGCGAAACUGACGGUAGAGUCAAUGAGCCGUUUUUGACACCAGAAGAAUGGAACAAGGCAUUGAAAAUGGCCGGUUUCUCUGGGGUUGAGGCGGCGAUCUAUGAUGGCCCUCGCCCAUACCACAUCAACGCCAAUAUUAUCUCCCGACCUGUACGGGAGUCCAUUCUGGGACCUCGUCGUGUUACUCUUCUUCACAGUGUUGGCAACGUACCUACAACUAACGUUGACCGCCUCCAGAAGUCUCUUAUCGAUAAUGGUUAUCAGGUCGACUUGAGAACCCUUCAAGAGGGAGCACCAGCCGAUCAAGACAUUGUCUCAGUGCUGGAGCUCGAAAGUCCCCUCUUUGAAAGCGUAUCUCAUGAAGUCCUAUUGGCCUUUCAGGAUCUUAUUGCCAGUCGAGGAGAUAGCAAAAUACUAUGGGUCACUCGGCCGGCCCAAAAGGAUGUGAGUUCUACUCCGGGGUUCGGUCUGACCCUAGGGCUCGCUCGAACAUUGCGAUCGGAACAGUUCCUCUCUUUUAUGACCCUGGAAGUCGACCGCGUCGAUGACCAGGUUUAUCCGGCUAUCGUGCGUGUAUUGGGCAAAAUCCAAUCGCAUGACUCGACGGCAUCAGUGGAUGCAGAUUCCGAGUUCAUCCUCCGUAACGGAGUGGUCCAUGUUGGCCGAUAUCAGCCAGCCUCGGUGGCACAGGACCUGGAACUUAUGGCGUCAAAGCCUGGCGCUGUCAGACUGGCGAUUGGUCGUCCAGGUCUGCUACAGUCACUGCAGUGGAUUCCUUUCCCCACAACCGAACCUCGCCAUGGGGAAGUUGUCGUUGAGCCUCGUUGUGCAGGCCUAAAUUUUAGAGAUGUGCUUCUCGCUAUGGGGAUUGUGGAAGCUAACAACCUUGGCAUUGGACUCGAGGGAUCGGGCGUGAUCACAGACGUAGGUGCCGGAGUGACUGAUCUCCAGGUGGGCGAUCGAGUCUUUUACCUCGAUGAUAACUGCUUCUCUACUCGGAUCACCAUGUCGGCUAUGAGAUGUGCGAAGAUCCCAUCGUUCCUCUCAUACGAAGAAGCGGCCACGAUGCCAUGUGUUUACGCUACUGUCAUUCAUUCGCUUGUGGACAUCGGUGGCUUGCAGAGCGGCCAGUCGGUUUUGAUACACUCAGCAUGUGGAGGUAUUGGAAUUGCAGCCAUCAAUGUCUGCCAAAGUAUUGGUGGGGUUCAGGUAUAUGUAACAGUCGGAAAUCAGGAUAAAGUUCGAUAUCUCAUGGAGACCUUCAACAUUCCGCGUGCCAGCAUCUUUAAUUCCCGUGACACCUCCUUCCGAGAGGACGUGCUUGCCCACACUAAUGGACGCGGCGUCGAUCUCGUGCUCAACAGCUUGUCGGGUGAGCUUCUUCAUGCAUCCUGGGAAUGUGUAGCUCCGUACGGCAAGAUGCUCGAGAUCGGCAAAAGAGACUUUAUUGGAAAAGCUAAGUUGAGCAUGGACAUCUUUGAAGCGAACAGAAGCUUUAUCGGUAUCGAUCUCGCCAGAUUCGACGCUGCGAGAUGUCACCCUCUACUCACUCGUACGGUGCAAAUGCUCGAGGCCGGACAUAUCAAACCCAUCGCACCUAGGACAACCUUCUCUGCUGGUCAUAUUGAAGACAGUUUCCGUUACAUGCAGAAAGGGACACACAUGGGAAAGAUCGUCGUGACUAUUCCUGAAGGAGGCCGGGAACUGCCAAUCGCUCCAAUUAUCCCAGAUUUAACCAUGAAGGCCAACGCAUCAUACCUACUCGUGGGAGGAAUGGGCGGUCUGGGCCGAGCAGUAGCAACGUGGUUAGUCGAGAAAGGAGCUAGGCACCUUGUCUUCUUCUCCCGAUCAGCCGGAAACUCGGAACAGGACCGACGGUUCAUCCAGGAACUAGAAUCGCAAGGAUGCAGUGUGAGAGCUAUUCAAGGGAGCGUCUUGAAUGAAAAGGACGUGGCUCGCAUCACCCAAGCUGCAGAAAAACCAAUCAAGGGGGUCUUCCAAAUGUCAAUGGUACUCCGAGACAAGCCAUUCAUGGAAAUGGACCUCCAAGACUGGACCACCGCAGUCGGGCCCAAAGUGCAAGGAACGUGGAACCUACACCACGCGAUGCCAAGCGACCUAGACUUCUUCUUCGCAACCGGAUCCAUCAGCGGGUCCUUUGGAACUCCCGGUCAAGCCAACUACGCUGCAGGCAACACAUUCCUCAACGCCUUCACACAAUACCGGAGAAGUCUGGGCCUGCCCACCUCAAUCUUGCACAUCGGCCUCAUGGACGACGUGGGGUAUCUGACUCAGAAUGUGGGAAAGGCCGAGGCCCUUCGCGCUGCAGGCGGGUACUUUCUCCGAGAAAAGGACCUCUUGGAUUCUCUUCAGUGGGCUAUUGUAAAGGCCACCAUAAGCAGUGCGACUGCAGACAGCGACGAGACCCAAUUGACCAUCGGGCUCCGGUGCGACAAGCGACUCUCUGACCCAACGAACCGGGUCAUAUGGAGAAAGGAUGCUCGCAUGGGACUAUACCACAACCGAGACACCGAGUCAUCCAGCAGCAGCAAUGGUAGUAACGGUAGUCAAGCGGAUGCGCUCAAGGCAUUUAUGGCAUCCGUGGAAGCUGAUCCGGAGGUUGUGCUAAAGGACCCUGCGUCACUGGAAGUGGUGACGCGGGAAAUGGCUGUCAAAAUAUACACCUUCAUGCUACAGCCAUUGGAUGACCUGGACGUGAAUGUAUCGCUAACCGCUUUGGGUGUCGAUUCCCUGGUUACAAUUGAGAUCCGGAACUGGAUGAAGAGAAGUUUAGGCGGCAUUGAGAUCAGCACAUUGGAAAUCUUGAAUGCGGGGUCCAUUGCUAGUUUAGGAAGAUUGGUGAUUGAGGCGUUGAAGAAGAAAUUUAUCUCUCAGAUUACGAUGGCAGAAGGGGAUGCUUAUCUGGAAAUGAAGGCCCCGUGA